GGUGACAGAGCAGGUGUUCCUGCUGGGAGACCGGCUGGGAGAUCCUAACGGUCUCCAGCAGCAACAUGGGGCCUACCCGGGCAGUUCCCACCCCAUAUGGCUGCAUUGGCUGUAAGCUGCCGCAGCCAGACUACCCACCAGCUCUAAUCAUCUUUAUGUUCUGCGCAAUGGUUAUCACCAUCGUCGUGGACCUGAUCGGCAACUCCAUGGUCAUCCUAGCUGUGACAAAGAACAAGAAGCUUCGAAAUUCUGGCAACAUCUUCGUCGUUAGCCUCUCUGUGGCCGACUUGUUGGUAGCCAUCUACCCCUACCCUCUGAUGCUGCAUGCCAUGGCUAUUGGGGGCUGGGAUCUGAGCCAGUUGCAAUGCCAGAUGGUUGGAUUCAUCACAGGGCUGAGCGUGGUCGGUUCUAUCUUCAACAUCGUGGCCAUUGCCAUCAACCGUUAUUGCUACAUCUGUCACAGCCUCCAGUACGAGCGGAUCUUCAGUGUGCGCAAUACCUGCAUCUUCCUGGUCAUCACCUGGAUCAUGACCGUCCUGGCUGUCCUGCCCAACAUGUAUAUCGGCACCAUUGAGUAUGAUCCUCGUACCUACACCUGCAUCUUCAACUAUCUGAACAACCCUGUCUUUGCUGUGACCAUCGUCUGCAUCCACUUCGUCCUCCCUCUGCUCAUCGUGGGUUUCUGCUACGUGAGGAUCUGGACCAAAGUGCUGGCAGCCCGUAACCCGGCUGGGCAGAAUCCUGACAACCAGCUUGCUGAGGUUCGCAAUUUUCUAACCAUGUUUGUGAUCUUCCUCCUCUUUGCAGUGUGCUGGUGUCCUAUCAACGUGCUCACUGUCUUGGUGGCUGUCAGUCCGAAGGAGAUGGCAGGCAAGAUCCCCAACUGGCUUUACCUUGCAGCCUACUUCAUAGCCUACUUCAACAGCUGCCUCAAUGCUGUGAUCUACGGGCUCCUCAAUGAGAAUUUCCGAAGAGAAUACUGGACCAUCUUCCAUGCUAUGAGGCACCCUAUCCUGUUCCUCUCUGGCCUCAUCACUGAUAUUCGUGAGACUCGGGAGGCCCGUGCCCUGGCCCGUGCCCGUGCCCGCGCCCGAGACCAAGCCCGUGAACAAGCCCAUGAACAAGAUCGUGCCUGUGCCAGUCCUGCUGUAGAGGAAAUGCCUAUGAGUGCCCGGAAUGUUCCACUACCCGGUGAUGCUGCAGCUGGCCAACCUGAACGUGCCUCUGGCCAUCCCAAACAGGCUUCUGGACAUUCCAGGUCUGCCUCUGCCUACCGCAAGUCUGUCUCUGGCCACCAUAAAUCUGUCUUUAGUCACUCUAAGCCGGCUUCUGGUCACUCCAAGUCUGCAUCUGGUCACCCCAAGUCUGCCACUGUCUAUCCUAAGCCUGCCUCUGUCCACUUUAAGGCUGACUCUGUCCAUUUCAAGCCUGCCUCUGUCCAUUUCAAGGCUGACUCUGUCCAUUUCAAGUCUGCCUCCAGCCACCCUAAACCUGUCACUGGCCACCAUGUUCCUGCCAGCAGCCACUCCCAGGCUGCCUUCAGCCCUGCCACCAGCCACCCUAGACCCACAGCUGGCUACAUCAAGCCUGCUACCACCCCCCUUGAGUCCACCACUGCUGAUAAUACUGAGCCUGCUACCACCAGCCAACUCCAACCAGUGAUCACCAGCCACCCUGAGUCUCCCGCUGCUGACCACCCUGAGCUUACUGCCUCAUGUCACCCUGAGACCACCGCUACCGGCCACUUCGAGUGUGACAUCACUGACCUCCCUGAGCCUGUCUGCAGCCCUGCCAGUGGUUCCCCCGAGUCUGCUGCCAGUCUACUGGAGCUUGCAGUCGCCGCUGCUGCCAACCUUCCUGACCCCACUGUGACCACCACUACCACCAAUGAUUACCAUAAGAUUGUGGUUAUUGAUGUUGAAGUUGAUUCUGAUGAAAUGGCUGUGUGAAAUUGCUCUUAGGGGUGGCCAAGUAGUGAUCCACUUUCACGUUUAUCUAGCAUAUGUAAUUCAAAGUGAGAUAACUUACGGCACCUAUACACAGACACACAGACAUGGACUCACAGACAUAGUGUAAGCUACAUCCACCUUGUAGGCAUACUUCUUCACGUAACAUACUCUGAAAAAGUGUGUGUGUGUGUGUGUGUGUGUGUGUGCAUGCGCGUGCACAUGUGCACACUUGCUAUUUUAGAGAUCAUAUUUCCCCUAAGUUUGACAUCUGUUAUUCUGAGCCUCCCUUUCUUCCUGUAGUUGACCUUGAGCCAACAGUGAUCCUUGAAAUUUUAGACCUUGAUUUUUCCUCACUCCCGUGUCCCCCUUUCUCCCUUCCCCUCAUUUCCUUCUCCUUUUUCCUGCUUUCUUCUCUCAUCCCCCCAGGGUUGGGGGAGGAGCGCUUCUGUAAGUAAAUGUGACUGCAAAGCUUUAUGUUUUAAAGUGUGUGAUUCUAUAUUGUACUUUUAAUGGCAGUCAGAAAGGUAGUUUUGAUAAAGUGCAAGUACUUGAAACAGUUUCUUUUGUAAAUUUCAGCAACAAGAUAUGACCCAUAUCUAAAGAACACAAUUUGAUAAGCUCUUAUUAAAGUGCAUUUUUAUGCCUAUGAGUUCAAAUGGCAAAAGGGAAGAUAUGGCCAAACUGAAUUAUUUUUAAUUUAUG